AUGAUCGACCACUCCCUUCUGCACCCAACCAUGACAGACAGCGACAUCCUCUCCGGCCUCAAGAUCGCCAAAGAAAACCACGUCGCAACAGCCUGCGUGAAACCAUAUCUAAUCCCGCUCGCCAAAAAAGAAUUAGAAGGCACCGACGUGCUCGUCUGCCCCGUCAUCGGGUUCCCGCACGGCAACAGCACCACCGAAAUCAAAGUCGCCGAAGCGACUGCGGCGGCGCAGGCCGGCGGCGCCGAGAUCGAUAUGGUGGUUAAUAUCGGCAAGGUCCUCGGCGGGGACUGGAGGUAUGUGCGCGAGGAGAUCCGGUUGAUUGAUGACGCUGUCACGGCAAACCAUGCGAUUCUCAAGGUGAUCUUUGAGAAUGAUUAUCUGCAGACGGAACACAUUGUGCGUCUUUGUGAGAUUUGUACCGAGUUGGGGGUUGCCUUCGUGAAGACCUCGACGGGGUACGGGUUUGUCAAGCAGGCUGAUGGAGCGUAUAAUUACAAGGGCGCGACGGUGAAACAUCUCAAGCUGAUGCGUGCCUCGUCUGGGGAGAAAGUGCAGAUCAAGGCGGCCGGUGGGGUGCGGACGCUGGAUGAUUUGUUGCAUGUUAUGAGCUUGGGGGUUACCAGAAUCGGGGCGACGGCGACGGUGGCCAUUUUGGAGGAGGCCAGGAAACGGGGGAUUGGGAAUGAGCCUGUGGAGGUUUCGUUUAAGCCGAUGGCGGAGGAGGGAGAGUCGGGGGGUUAUUAA